AUGCCUUCGAACCAGUGGCGACCUGCCCCUAUUAACCGAGGCCAAUGGGGACCGGGAUCCAGAUUCAGCAACGUGCCGCGGGCACCGGAACCCUAUGAACCCCUGAGGAAUCUACAACACAGUGAGUCUCAAAGAUUUUCUUCAGUCUUGCCACCUGUAUGCAUCUCUAACACCACUACUGUCAUCCCGCCGUUGUUAACAGUAACUAUUGGGGGUAAGAACGCCAAAGCUUUGGUCGACACAGGUGCCGCGUGCAGCUUUAUAGUGCCCGAACUACGCCACAGCGGAAUAGUUAAGGCGAAAGAAAUGCGGUUAAAAGCGGUUAAUGGGACCCCAUUACAUGUGUACGGCGUAUAUGAAAUGAGUCUAACGGUUGGGAGCGCUCGUAUCACACACCCAGUUGUAGUGUCUCCAGAAAUUCUAUACGAUCUGAUUUUGGGAAUGGACUUCCUCCGGGCUUUCCAGUGCAGCAUUGAUGUUAACCAGGACGGGCUGAUAUUCGGAGGGGAACGAGUAUCUCUAAGAGAACACACCGACGGAGGACCCGAUUGGGUGUUGGAGGUGCAUCCGGUAGAUAAACAGGGCCAAGUUUCCAGACUUCUGAGUCGCGCCAAUCCGGACAUCUCGUUGCAACAGAGGGAGCGCAUGCAUGCGUUAGUGAUCAAACACCAGGCUGCGUUUGCGUGGGAGUGCGUUCCUCUGGGCAGAACUCCGAUCAUCCAACAUCGUAUUGACACAUAA